ACACCCACGAGAAUUCACCACCUGAGCCGCCGCGCCUGCCACGCUCCCCUGCUCAGGCACACAGCUUCCUGUCCUGACCCCGGCUUCCCUCUCCGCGAGAUGCUCGCCACGCGCAAACUCCGUAGGUUUUGACUGUUCGGAGUGACCAGACCAAUCGAAGAAAGCUACGAGCUUUUGGCCAAUCGGGACAUUACUAGGGCUCUAGUUCCUUCCAGACUGCCUUUCGGAAGCCACACCUCUUCCCCUUCCGCCAGUGGCCUUGGACCACGUGACCAACCGCGUGGGCUGAGAAAGGACGGUGGAGUCUGGUAGGGUCAACGCCGUUUGCUCACGGUGGGAAGCGAGCAGUUCCUAAGCUCCUAAGUUCCGUUCCUUAGUCGACCCUUGAUCGCUGUGCCGCUGCUACUCUCUUAACUUUCCGACUGAUUCCAGGACCCUGCCACCACUAGGCUGUUUUCCCAGCCACGUGAUCUCUUGACCUAACUCCUACGGGCAACCUUAACGUUCCAAAUUCGAGCCAGGGAUGUGAGAUGUGGCAAGUAACCCCAACCUCAUCCCGGAUCUGAGCAUCCUUAUUACGGAAGUGACCGAUACUAGCUAGCUCCAGUGGAUGAGAUGACAGAAGUUCCCUUAUAAUGUAAGUCCCAUCCCCAUAGCACAGCCCACCCUUCUGGAGCCUUCAUCUGACUUAGCCCAGUUUCUUUUUCCACCGUUUCAUAUCGCAGGUUCUUCCAGACCGACUGAAUUGGGACCAUAUUCUGCAAUUCAACUCUAAAUUUUUAAUUUUUUAAUACAGAUUUCUAUGUGCGGGCCUGAACGCCACAUCCAGUUGCUCUAAAAACUGAAACUCCAUCCUUGAGAUUUGGGAGCAUUCUUUUUCGUUCUCACAUUGGCUUGUCCUGAAGACCCCACAUGACUUCUCCAUGCUCUUUCUCCCUAAAACCCACAAUACCCCCAGUAACCCAAGACCCCAAUAUUCCACCUCCUUUACCCCCAAAUCCUCUGGACUUAGCUUUGCCAUCCCCUCCCUGUAGUCUCCAGGCUUCAGUUCCACCCCCACCCCCACCGCCUCCUCCACCCUCUACUGUGGAGGUUGCUCCCCCUCAUGUCUACGGCCUGGAGAAGAGCCGGCUGCUGAAGGAGGCCUUGGAGAAGGCUGGCCCAGUCCCCAAAGGCAGAGAAGACGUGAAGAGGCUCCUGAAGCUGCACAAAGACCGGUUUCGAAAUGACUUGCAAUGGAUCCUCUUUUGUGCCGAUCUACCAUCGCUCAUCCAAGAAGGCCCUCAGUGUGGACUGGUGGCCUUGUGGAUGGCAGGCACUCUUCUGUCAACCCCGGACACUGACAGUGUCUCUCUGGAAAGACUGGUGCAGGUAGCCAUGGAGAGAGGCUACACGGCACAGGGAGAGAUGUUCUCUGUGUCUGAUAUGGCCAAACUGGCCCAGGAGACCUUGGACUGCCAGACUGAGCUCCUCUGUGGUGGCCUGGGUGGUCCCAACAGAGAUCGGGUCCUGCAGCACCUCAUCACUGGACAUCCCUUGCUCAUCCCCUAUGAUGAGGAUUUCAACCAUGAGCCAUGCCAAAAGAAAGGCCAUAAAGCCCACUGGGCAGUGAGCGCAGGGGUCCUGAUAGGUGUGCAGAGUGUACCGCAGUUUGGCUACACGGAAGACUCUGAGUUGCCAGGCCUCUUCCACCCAGUGCCUGGCACACCCUACCAAUCACCGUCCCUCCCAGCGGAGAGCUCCCCAGGUGCCAUCUUCCUUCUCUCCAAGCAGGGCAAGAGUUGGCAUUACCAGCUGUGGGACUACAACCAAGUCCGGGAUAGCAACCUACAGCUGACAGACUUCUCUCCUGCCAGGGCCGCUGAUGGACGGGUGUACGUGGUACCUGUUGGUGGGGUACAGGCUGGCCUCUGUGGCCAGGUCCUGCUGCUUAGACCACAGGAGUAGAGCCAUUAGCUGGGGCUGGGGCACCUGCCUUGAAGCUCCCUCCAUCACCAUUAGAGUGCCUCAGCUUCAUCCCCUGUGUGACGUCUACAGUCCAGCCUGUAUCUUCAUCCCCUGUGUGACAUCUACAGUCCAGCCUGUAUCUUGAGGGCCUUCGGUCUUCUGCUAGAAAUCUCUCACACAGUCACCCCAUCUGUGGCGCCACAAGCUUGACCACUGUCCACAGUCUAAAUUCAUCACUUGCAGGAUUAAGCAUGCCUUUGGUUAAGGGAGACUUUUUUGGGUUUUUGUUUGUUUUGUUUUUUGAGAAAGGGUUUCUCUGUAUCUCUAGCUGUUGUGGAACUCUUUGUAGACCAGACUGGCCUUGAACUCACAGAUAUCCACCUGCCUCUGCCUCCCUGAGUGCCGGGAUUGAAGGCAUGUGCCACCAAAGCCCAGCUUUGUUUGUUUGUUUGUUUGUUUAUUUUUUAAAGCAUGAUCUCUGCCUGGGGUGGUGGCACCUACUUCUAAACCCAGCACUCAGAAGGUAGAGGACUGGUUCUCAGUCUGUGGAUCAUGACCCCUUUGGGGAUUAAUACCCUUUCACAGGGUUGCCUAAGACCAUUGGAAAACACAAGUAUUUACAUUAUGAUUCAUGACAGUAGCAAAAUUACAGUUAAAAAGUAGCAACAAAAAUAAUUUCAUAGUUGGGGGUCACCGACCAUGAGGAACUGUAUUAAAGAAUCACAACAUUAGGAAGGUUGAGAAUCACUGAGGUAAGGACAAGGGGAAUCUGUGAGUUCGGGACCAUCCUGGUUUACAUAGCAAACUCCAAGCAGCCAGGGCUACAUAGUGAGACCCUGUCUCAGAAAGCAAAAAUAACAACAAAAAGGUCUCACUAUAUAGCCCUGGAUGACCUAGAACUCCCUAUGUAGUAGACCAGGCUGGCCUCAACCUCAGAGAUCUGCCUGGCUUUGCUUCCUGCAUGCUGGGAUUAAAGACGUGUUCCCUCGUGCCUAGAGGAACAGUAACUAGGAUAUGCUCAGGAUAGUAACUCGGAGGAACGCGGCUAGGAUACUAGCCGCUCUCCUCCCACUUGAAUGCUCUUUUUCUUUUUCAGGGCGGUUUCACUGUGUAGCCAUGGCUGUCCUGGAACUCGCUAUGUAGACCAGGCUGGCCUCAAACUAACAGAGAUCCACUUGCCUCUGCCUCCUGAGUGCUGGGCAUGUACCACCACCACCUGGCCCUUUGAGGGCAUCUUUUAAGACACUGUCAGUUCACUGAACAUCUACAAAAGCCUGGGCCCUGUUAACCUGACCCCCAUCUCCACGUUUGCUCACAGAACAGAAAUUAACCCAACUCCCUUCUCCUUGGCUUACUCAGACUAUCGCUCACCUGCCUGACAGCCAUGGUGGCCUUCACAUACUAAGACUGUAGGCACCAACACCAGCCCUGAUGGCUAAUGGGCAAAGCUGGUGCCAAGCCUGAUGAUGACCCAGGGACCCAUGUAGUGGAAGGAGUAAUUUCCACAGGUUGUUACCUCACCUCCACUUGGUUGCUGUGCACUCAACACAAAUUCAAAUAGAAUAAAAGUUUUUAAAAGCUU